CAACGACAUAGAUUUUAGUGCGAGUUGGCAAUAGUCACGAACCAUGGCGGUCGAACUUCGGGUUGACUCGACUCAGUAUGGAGCCUCACAAUUAGAUCAAAGUAAACGAAUUGGGCAUAAGCAAUCCUGGUCUUCUUUAUCGGGGGGAAAUUAUUUCCCGGAUAGGUCUGGUAGGAGAACUAGUCUACUACCUCUAGACUGCAGUAUAGAAGAAAAUGAAGAAGUGUUAAUAUCAUCCCGUGAAUAUGGGGAACCAACACGUAAACUAGAGUCAAGUAGGAGAGGCAGUAUGAGCAGCAUAUUCACCAGAAAGACCAGCACGUUGGCGUCACCUCGAGCCCAAACCCUCAAAAAUACUGAUUCUGAUUUUGGCAUUAUGAAGAUCCAGCAGCUAAUGGAUUGUAUAGCUCAUAUCGAUUCUCCAGGGUCAGAAGGGCCACCUCCUCGACCCCCUAAAGGACAAAAGUAUACCGGGUGUAAACCAAUAGCAUCGAAAUUUAGAUCCGAAAAUAAGUUUACGAAUUCACAUCACACUAGCGGUAUUUCUUCUGGGGCAAGUGCAUCGGCUAUGUUACGAAAGUCGAGGACCUCCACAGAUCUUCAUGUUGCCUCCAAACAGAAGGGAAGCGCUAGUAUUACUUCCUUUACGAAUAUUCGGGAUCAUCUUCGAAAAUAUUCAGAGUCUGAGAUGAAGCGGGGUGGUUCACACACCAAUCUGAACCAUUCGAGUAGCCGCACAAGUUCGUCGUCAUUCAUUCCUAGCACAUCUUCACCGGAGUCUGGAGAUUGUACCUCCUUGAAAACUAUGGAACUUUACACCAAAUUACAGCGAGUAACUAGAAUGCCCCGAAAGAAAGUGAAGCCCCAGCAGCUAAAGAGAGAGUCAAAAUCAAGCAAUCUACUUGAUGUGUACAAGCACGUCACACACAAAAGCCGCUCUUAUCCAGCUUCACCACAAACGCCCCGCAAAACGAGUGAAUUUCAUGCUACUCCCAGACCUCCAGGGUCGCAAAGGCGUCCGUCCUUGUCAAUGGAGAAUCUACUCUCCAGUACCAGAAGUAACUCCAGGUCAUCGAGUGAGAGACCGCAGGCGGUCACUUCCUCGUCUCAUAGGGAUUCGGAAUCCGAAACUGCCGUAUUCGACGGCGAGGUUCAUUACCUCGAAGACCUGAAUAUCUCAGCAUUGCUCCGUGCGCACACCGACGUAUUCUCCGGAAUAGACUGGGGAGAAAGUUUAGGAAAUAAUGGAGAACUCCACGUUGCUAUAUUAGGCGCUAGAGGCACAGGGAAAACUGCACUGUCUAAUCGACUGUGUAAAGGAAUGUUUGAUGCAUCUUACGAACCCACUAUCGCCGAAACACAUAGCCACACCGUUUUUGUAGGAGGCCACAAGUGCAGCAUCCGCAUCUUGGACAGUUCUAUGGACGAGUGGACGUGUGAGAAGAUUAUAUUCAGGGCAAAUGCAACUUCUCCAGGAAUGUACAGAGCGUCGAAUAGGUCCAGCUCCACACUCCUAACUCUGGGUACCAAGAGUUCUAGCUUGAAAAAUCUGAGUACUGUCACCAAUAGAAAGUCCAACAGUGUACCCUCGAGCAUAGAUCCCCUAUGGUGGGCCCAUGGAUACAUACUCACGUUCUCCGCUGACGACAGAAGAAGUUUCGAACACGUUGUGUCCCUCAAAGAGGAAUUAAUGGACAGACGACGUCGAUUCCCAGCCCUAAUGGCAGCGCAGUUCCCUAUCAUAGUAGUAGGCACCAAGGCAGACGUUUACGGCAAGGAUGGAAAAGGAAAAGGAGUGGCAGAUAACCUUCCUGCAUGGUUAACUGAUAUUGAAACACUUGUUACAAUGAAAUGGGGGUUUCAGUUCAAGUUGGUAACCUGUACGGGACAUCAUUCGAACAAAGUUUUCCACGACUUAGCUGAAACAAUGCGAGACUAUUACAUCCAGCUGCUGCUACGUGAGGGUUUUUCAUAUUCGCCUAAUUAUGCAUUGAAGGAGGGAAAGGAGCAGAGUGUAUCGAGCGCGCCAGGUCGCAUGGUGACAUCAUGAUGACUGUUGUAUCAUAUUAAAAUUGAGUUAAAAACUUCUUAUUUCACCAGUUUAGUAUGGAUACUGGAAAUUCAAAUCUCUG